AAAUCUCCGCUCUGCUACUCUUGCUCUUCAGACUGGCCUCAGUCCAACACCACACCUCCUACAACUGUGGCAAAACCAGGAAGUCACUCCCACUCUCUCUGUCACGCAGUUUAUUAGAAACGAAACUUAACUCUGCCUCUGUUCGUGUGUGCAGUAAAAUGGCUGAGACCAGUAUCUUAGUGGAUCAGGACCAGUUCAGCUGUGCGAUCUGUCUGGAUCUACUGAAGGAUCCGGUGGCUAUUCCAUGUGGACACAGUUUCUGUAUGGGCUGUAUUAAGGGCUGCUGGGAUCAGAAUGAUAAUACUGGUGUCUACAGCUGUCCCCAGUGCAGACAGACCUUCACUCCAAGGCCUGUUCUGGGCAGAAACACCAUGUUGGCUGAAGUGGUGGAGAAACUGAAGAAGACAGGACUCCAAGCUGCUCCUCCUGCUCACUGUUACGCUGGAUCUGGAGACGUGGCGUGUGAUGUCUGCACUGGGAGAAAGCGCAAAGCUGUCAAGUCCUGUCUGGUGUGUCUGGCGUCUUACUGUGAUACUCACCUCAAACUUCACAAUGAACUCCACCCAGGAAACACACAUAAUGUCAUCAAUGCUACUAGAAACCUGCAGGAGAACAUUUGUCCUCAACAUAAAAAACUGCUGGAGGUUUACUGUCGUACUGAUCAGCAGUGUAUCUGUCUGCUGUGUGUGAUGGAUGAACACAGAGGCCAUGAUACAGUCUCAGCUGCAGCAGAAAGGACUGAGAAACAGAAGCAGCUGGGGGCGACACAGAGUAAAUUCCAGCAGAGAAUCCAGGAGAGAGAGAAGGAGCUGCAGGAUCUGACACAGGCUGUGCAGUCACUCAAGCGCUCUGCACAGGCAGCAGUGGAGGACAGCGAGAGGAUCUGUACUGAGCUGAUCUGCUCCAUUGAGAGAAGGUGCUCUGAGGUGAAAGAGUUGAUCAGAGAUCAGAAGAAGGCUGAAGUGAAUCGGGCUGAAGGAUUCCUGGAGCAACUGGAGCAGGAGAUUGCUGAGCUGAGGAGGAGAGACGCUGAGCUGGAGCAGCUUUCACACACAGAGGAUCACAUCCAUUUUCUCCAGAGCUGUCAGUCUCUCUGUGCCCCUCCUGGACCUGGAGACUUUCCCAGCAUCGCUGUCAGUCCACACGGCUCUUUUGAGGCUGUGAGGAAGUCUGUCUCUGACCUGAAAGAACAAUUGGAGGACGUCUGCAAGAAGGAACUAGUCAAAAUUUCAGAAUCAGUGAAAGAAGUCCAUACUGUAGAGCCCAGGACCAGAGAGGAUUUCUUACAGAAUUUCUGUCACCUCACACUGGACCCCAAUACAGUGAAUAAAUACCUCUCUCUGUCUGAGGGGAACAGAAAGGUGACCCGUGUGAGAGAGAGCCAGUCAUAUCCAGAUCAUCCAGGGAGAUUUGAGCACUGGGCACAAGUGCUGUGCAGAGAGGUGGAAGACAUCCUUACUGUUGAGCCAAGAACCAGAGAGGACUUCUUACAACAUUCCUGUCGGCUCACUCUGGACACCAAUACAGCACAUCAAUGCCUCCGUCUGUCUGAGGGGAACAGAGAGGUGACUUAUGUGGGACAGAUCCAGUCAUAUCCUGAUCAUCCAGAGAGAUUUGAGCACUGGCACCAAGUGCUGUGCAGAGAUGGUCUGUCUGGACGCUGUUACUGGGAGGCUGAGUGGAGUAGGGAUGGGGUUUCUAUAGCAGUGUCAUAUAAAGAGAUCAGCAGGAAAGGGCGGGAUGCUGACUGUGGUCUGGGAUUUAAUAACAAGUCCUGGAGUUUGUGCUGCUCCCCUUCCAGUUAUUAUUUCUAUCACAAUGCUGAGUGCACUGAAAUCCCUGUUCCCCCCUCCUCCAGAAUAGGAGUGUACCUGGAUCACAGGGCAGGAACUCUGUCCUUCUACAGCGUCUCUGACACAAUGACCCUCCUGCACAGAGUCCAGACCACAUUCACUCAGCCCCUCUAUCCUGGGUUUGGGGUUGUUACUGGAACCUCUGUAAAACUGAGUGAUCUAGGAUGAGGGAGCAAAAUCAGCAGUAAUGAUACAAAAUAGGGUAAUUCGAAGGAAUAACACAGACAAAUUAUGUUACACAUGUAAUAAUACAAUUAUCAUUAAUGAACUACAUUAAAUGUAAAAAUCUAAUAUUCAUUCAUGAAAUUUAUUCUUCAAUGUUCACAAUGUAUAAGAAGCAUUUUAUGUCAGACUCUAUGUCUGUUUCUGUAUCCUGUAUAAUUAUGCAAUUCUAUUUAUUUUACUUUCCUUUUUCUUAUUCUCGAGUGACUUCAAGAUGUUUAUUACUCAUUACUGCCCUCCGCUGGUUGAUUGAAAAAUAAUCACAAAAGUAAAUAAUAGUUAGCUAAAUGAAUUAAUCGAUAAAUCGAGGUUAGAACAGCACUGGUUGAAGCUUUGCUUUAUUUCUGUGAUAUUCAGCUGUUCACAGUAGAUUGAUGAAUGUUUCUUACUCAAUGAAUAAAUAAAAAAUCAGAACCAGCAGUAAUCCAGUAAAUCUGGUUAAUUCAACCCAGUAACAUAGAAAAUUAUAUAACUACAAUGUAAUAUUAAAAUUCAAAUUCAUGUGAAAUAUUUAAUGUAAAAAUCAAAUAUUCUUUCAUAACCCUUGAUUUUCUUUGUAAUUCACGAUGUUAAAAAAGCAACAGACAUUCUUAGGAGUUUGUGGUACGCAUGCUUUCAUGAACUGAAUUCAUAACAAUAAGACUUACACAAUUCCAUUUACAGUUUUUUAAACUUUUCUUAUUAAUUUCCAGAGUUUGGAAAAGCUCUGGCUGUAGUUUGACUUUGUUUCUGUGAUGUGCAGAUGUAGAAUAAUGAGUUUGGGCACCAAACCAAAAACAUUAUUGGAUUUAAAACUGGUUUUAAAAUAAUUAAAUAUUAUUUAUCUUUUCAGUGCAAAAGUAAUGUAAUUGACUCCUUUUUAACGCAAAUUGUACAAUUGCUUAGUUUUAUUCAUUUAUUAAAUAAAGGUCUUUCAGUGUG